UCUAUGUAAUCCUUCAGCAAAGAGUUGGCUUGUCACGCAAGUGAAACCCUAACCUGCCAAAUCGUUCUCGGUACACCCUCUCCAAAGAAUUUACCCACGGACUAUAAUCAUCAUCAUAGAUCAACAAUAUUCGAAUAGACCAAAGGACCUCUCAAGAUUGAAGGUCGUUGGUCACUUUUAAAAUUUAAGGAAGAUGAACGGCGGCCCAUCUGGUUUCAAUAAUGCUCCGAUCACUAGAACCUUUGUUGUUGCGUGUUUUCUGUUUACGAUCCUGUUUGGGAUCCAAGGUCGUUCAAACAAGCUCGGUUUGUCUUAUCAGGAUAUCUUGAAGAAGCUUCAAUUAUGGAAACUGAUUGUUUCAGUUUUUGCAUUUUCAUCUACACCAGAGCUGAUAUUUGGCGCUUAUCUUCUCUACUACUUCCGUGUGUUUGAGAGACAAAUCGGUUCUAACAAGUAUUCUGUAUUUGUCUUGUUCUCUAUAAUUGUCUCUUCACUGCUACAGCUUUUUGGUCAAGCAUUUCUUAACGAUCCAACCUUGAAUGUGCUCACAUCUGGGCCGUACGGCCUUAUAUUCUCUUCCUUUGUACCGUUCUAUUUCGACAUUCCAGUUUCAACACGGUUCCGUGUCUCUAGCCUAACUUUCUCCGACAAAUCUUUCAUAUAUUUAGCUGGUCUUCAGCUUCUAUUAUCAUCGUGGAAAAGGUCUCUAAUACCGGGUCUAUGUGGCAUUCUUGCUGGUUCCCUAUAUCGGAUAAAUGUUCUACGCGUCCGUAGGCUUAAGUUCCCAGAGUUCAUAGCCUCUUUCUUCUCAAGGCUUUCCUUGCCGUCUGUGGGAGGACCUGCUCCACUGGCUAGAAAUGCACCACCCUUCACAGCUCGUCAAGUGGAGGGUAAUUAUCGCGCUCCAAUGUCGUCUGCCGCCCAAGAGCCAUCGGAGGAUUCUAUUGCAACACUGGUUUCCAUGGGGUUUGAUCGGAACUCGGCGAGACAAGCCCUUGUUCACGCCAGAAACGACAUCAAUGCUGCCACAAAUAUUCUUCUCGAGUCACAGUCUCAUUAAGAAAAUCUGCUGUUGCCUCCGCCAUUUUUGAGUUGAAAGUUAGGAUGAUUUGCUUCUUCACAAACUUGUUGAUGGUAGUUUGGUUUUCUUUACAUUAUGUUUGGUUAUUGAUAGAGAUGUGUAUACUCACGCAGAAUCCUGUAGGUUCAAUAUUGAAGACUAAAUGUAUAGCUGCAUUUGCAUGUCAACAUCUUUUGGUUUCAUAGUGGGUGUGUAGUUUAUGCCAGUGUUGUUUCAUAAUUAA